AUGCUCUUGUAUUGCGUGCUGAUCCCAAAAUCCAACCACCCAUCGUCGAAGCCCUACGAACCCGAACCCGCCCAGGAUUUCCUCGAUGCCUAUCGCUACCAGCUUGCGACAAUGGCGUAUGCAGCGGGCGUGACGCAUUACCACCGCAUGCCGGUGAUGAGAAGUCUAUUCAAGCCACUCAUACGCCGAUUAAUUCACAAAAUACUUCGUCGGGAAGUCUGGGGCAACUGGUAUCUAACCUCGCAGUCAGAAUCCGUUGUGGAGCCCGAUAUCAAGGAGCUUCGCAAGCCCUGGGCGGAUCCGAUUGUUCAAGAGAAUGUCAUGUAUAGCGCACAUUUGCUGCUUAUAACGAGUAUUUAUGCGAUGCUGUUGAUAAUGACGAGUUUGAGAAGCCCGGAAAAAGCUAUAUUGAAGGAGAUGGAGCGGAAUGGGUGGGUUGGGGUCUGCUGCGAGCCGAAUAUUGUCUUUGUUGUUUGCAAUCAAUUUCCGUUGAUUGCGAUGAGAUACAAUGAUGUUCGUGAUGGGACGAAAGUCAUAGACGGGGUCCUGGACAAGUACAGAGCAGCACUAGAAAGCAAGAAUAUGAUAGCAAACACAGAACUAUUUAAGGAUUGGCUUGUUCUGAAGCAAGACCAUACUCGUGGGGCAAAAGAUUGCGGGUUUACUGCCUGGGCUGCAUCUUUCAUAGACACCUGGAACUCUGACUUUGUGAAAUCAGGCUACAAAGCUCAUUCGUCUGGAUUCAUCACCAAUAUCAACGGAAAGUUCGAGCUUCAACAUCCGAUGGUGGCUGACGAACAGGGCCAAUGGACGCAUAUGGACCCCUUCUCAGAAAAUUCUGCCAUCGGAUAUGCUCGUCUGAAUGUGGAGGAUGGUCAAAAGAAGAUGUGGGAAGCUCCUUGGACAAAAGAUGUUAUUGAAAAAAUGCCUUGGGUCGAUGGGCUUGAUCUAUCUUCUGAAGUGGAUUGCUUGCGUGGGAUUUGGGAUGCAUCUGCUCAAUGGCUGGUCACAACCUUGCGAGAAUGGGCUGACCGGGGGACCCACGUCAAUUUUGCGGUUAGGAACCUGCCUUCGAAUAGCUGGUUCCUCUAUGAGCCGCGAGCAGGGGUUGUUAGAAGAGAGCUUGCAAAUGGGGUGGAGAUUCGUGUAGAAGCAGCGGUUGAAGCAUUGCAGGAGAUUGAUUUCUUGGUUUCGAAGGCGUAG